AUGGCUGUGAUUGUUGUUUAUUGUAGAGAAUAUAUUAUUCUAUCAUGUGGCGGCGGCAGCGAAGGAGGCAGAAGAGUUGGUAGCGGCAACAGUGGCAUUGGCAACGGAAGAGUCGGCGGCAAUGGCGGUGGCGAUGGUAGUGGCGGUGGUAGUGGCAACGAUAGCGAUUGCAGUGGCGGUGGAAGAGUCGGUGGCGGCAGCGGUAGUGGUGGUGAUAGUGGCAGCGACUCCACGGUUGAAGAUAACGGUGACAUGGUUUAUAACUUGUUGCUUGAGUACGCUUCUGGUGGAAGCUUGAGAGAUUUGAUUCACAAUUCUGGUGGGUGUGGUUUGCCUGAAAGUGAUGUCAAACGUUCCAGAGUCGGUGUUGUUGACGCAUUCACCUUCAAUUUCGUCUUGUAA